GAAAUAAUAGCAUAACAUAUUCAUAUGAUUAAAAACAAUAGGUCUAAGUUCUUCCAAGUUAAUUAUAGCCAAAUAUAUAGUCACAGAAAGUGAUACUUGCUAGAAAUUUCUGGUAUUUGUUUUUCACAGCACGUAACUUCAUAGCUCACAUGUAACACAAUAAAGAGAUCUGUCGCACAUUACUUUUUUUAAAGAAGAAGUGAAUUUUACUGAUGCAUACAAAUGGAACAAAAUACAUGAAAUUAUUUUGUUAAAGGAAGAGAGAAUUGCGCUUGCGUGGGUUUCGAUCAAGGUAUUAUUUCAUAAAUAUCUUUCUGCAAUGGGAAGCAAACAUGUGUGAAAUUUUCUUUUUCCUUCAGCAUGAAAUAACUGCGUAAUCGUCGACUGCUUCUCGGAUGGUGUUAAAUUAUGAAUAUUUCGAUUGCUCGAUGGUAUUACGCACCUCUUAUGCUAAUUUAGACACUUUGGAACAAAAUUUACAGAAAAAAGUUACGUUUUACAUAAUGUUACAUAAUUACAUAAUAUGCCAUCGAUUCUUCGCGAAGAGGGGAUGCACAAACCGUCGCAAAAUGUUUUACUUCCAAACGUAUCUCGAUGCUCGUAAAAUGAAGAUCUCUUUCGAAAAGCGGUACUUCAGCUUCAAUCGAAUUAUUUUGCUCGCUACUGGCUUGUGGCCUUAUCAACAAUCAAAAGUUGUUCAACUUCAGCUGAUGUUGUUCUUCAGUAUUUUGUUAAGUUUUAUCGCAUUCCAGCUUUCCAGACUUUUAUUUGUAGAAUACACUUUUAACUUUACCAUUAAAAUUCUUUGCGUCUCGUUGUAUAUUAUAUUUUUUGCGAUUAAAUAUAUCUCUUUUUGGAUUAACAAGGAAACUAUAAAAUGCUUAUUGGAACAACUGCAAUACAUCUACAAUGAUUUAAAGGAUAAAAAUGAAAUUGCUAUCUACGAUAAAUAUGGGAACAUUGCAAAACGUAUUACGAUCACUUUUAUAAUAGGCGAAAUAAGCUGUCUAUGUACUCUCUCUGGAAUGCAAUGGUGGCCGUGGUUUCUUGAUAUGAUUAUACCGAAAAAUGAGACCUACACACAUCAUUUGAUAGUACUUUUAAGCAAGUACUAUGAUGUACAAGAAAAGUAUUACUAUUUCAUUCUGCUGCAUUUGAGCGCAACUAUUACUGUAGGAUCGUUCGCGUUAGUAGCAGUUGCAACAAUGAUGUUAUCAUAUGCCAAACACAUUUGUGGCAUGUUUAGAAUUGCCAGCUACCGACUUGAGCAAGCAAUGACAAUUAAUACGUUGCAAAGUAUUAGCUUGAAGACUGAAAUCGUGAUUUAUAAAGAGAUAGUCUAUGCCGUAGACAUUCAUCGUAAAGCUAUGAAGUUUGCCAAAUUUCUUAUAAACAGCAUGGAACGAUCAUUUCUUUCUGUUAUAAUGAUUACCGUGCUUUGCGUGAGUUUCAAUCUUUAUCGAAUUUCCCAAACUGAAUCAUUUACCGAGAACGUAGAAGAAACUCUAAUACAUUUGCUUAUUAUAACUUUUACUCUUCUAUACAUGUUCUUAGCCAAUUAUACUGGACAAGAAAUUACGGAUUAUAAUAAUCAUGUAUCGUUUACCGCAUACAAUAUUCCAUGGUACCAAGCACCAUUGCAUAUACAGAAACUGAUAUUGGUUUUAAUACAGAGAAGUAACAAAACUUUUACUUUGAAUAUCGGUGGAUUAUUUACAUUAUCUUUAGAGUGCUUUGCUUCGCUACUAAGUACAUCGGUAUCUUAUUUCACUGUCAUGUUAUCCUUGCAGUACUAAAAUAUAAUAUGAAAUAUAAUAUGAAAAUAUAAUAUGUUGAAUAGUAUCACAUAUUCGAAUAGAGUAGAUAGAUAUAUAAAAAUAUGUACUGGAUUUUUCUCGUCAAAUUAAGCCUAAGGCUAAAAAGUUAAAAAUAUUUGUAACAUCUUCCUUCUAACCGUAACGUUAUUUUUAAAAUUAACAAAAGCAAAGCGUUAAUUGACAUAUAUAAAAAAUCAGUUAAAUUGGUAAAAUCGAGUCAAAAGUGUUUCUCAUAUUUAACUGUAUAGGACUUAUUACUCUAAUAAUUUUGGAUUUGGAUGAAGUAGCAGAAAAAUAAUAUUAAUUAUUUUUUGUCAGUGGCGAUGAUUAAAUGUGUGCGACAGAUUUAGUAUUUUCAAUAAUAAAAGUCUCACUAGAUUGUGUGCUUGCAGUAUGUUUUAAGAGGCAGCGAAAUGUUCAUGAUUACUAAAUGGAAUAAUAAUUUAAAUAAUAAGUAUAUAUAAUAAUAAAUAUAAGGAUGAAAUGAAAGCUGAAAUUGUCGCUAUUGAUGUCGAUAUGUAAAUUACUAAAACUAACAUACUACAUAGCUGUCGAUAUUCGAUAACGUCCAAUGUAUUCGCGGUCAGAACCUAUUUAAGUAUAUUCUUCUUUAUGUUUUUUAAUAUUGAAACAUGAAUAUGCAAUAAAUAAAUUAUUUAGUAUGUUGAUCGGUAACUGACAUAUCGACAUAGAAUUUUAAAUAAUAAGAGCAUGUGAUUUUGGCGAAAAUAUUCUUAAGAAAACAAAUACAUCUUAUUACAAAAUA